UCUGCAGCUUUCUGCACUCUGAUCCGGCUCUGUUACAUAGUUUUAAAGGCGUAGUAUCGCAGAUGGUCUGGGUUUGUGUGGAAAUGUAAUGCUUUUCGCGUCCUCGAGCGCGCUUUUGUGUUUGUUUUUCUUUGGAUUUUAAUUGUUUUUCUAUGUUUUCAUGACCCGGACCCUCCCAGAAUCAACCUGACACAAUGGAAAGCCCCCGGAGAGAGAUAUUCCUAAUAACUGGAGGCUGUGGAUAUUUUGGGUAUCGCCUUGCUCAGUGUCUGCACCGACAAGGAGCCAGAGUCAUUCUGUUCGACACUGUGGCUCCAAGCCACGAGGUUCCUGAAGACAUUGUGUGUGUGCGAGGCGACAUACGGGACUAUGCACAGGUCGAGGAAGCCGUCAGAGGUGUGGACUGUGUCUUCCACAUUGCUUCCUACGGCAUGUCCGGCAGGGAGCAGCUGAAGCGGGACCUGAUCGAGGCGGUCAACGUUCGGGGCACACAGAACGUCCUGCAGGCCUGCGUUGAGCACGGAGUGCCCAGGCUGGUUUACACCAGCACCUUCAACGUGGUCUUCGGAGGCCAGGUGAUCGAGAACGGUGACGAGAGCCUCCCUUAUCUACCUCUACACCUCCACCCGGACCACUACUCCAGGACCAAGUCCCUGGCGGAGAUGGCAGUACUGAAAGCCAACGGGACAGCCCUGAAGGACCGCUCUGGGGUCCUGAGGACCUGCGCCCUGCGUCCGGCCGGUAUCUACGGCCCCGGGGAGCAGCGGCACCUGCCCAGAAUAGUGGGAUACAUAGAGAAGGGGAUCUUUAGGUUUGUGUAUGGUGACCCCAGCAGCCUGGUUGAAUUUGUCCAUGUGGACAAUCUGGUGUCGGCACACCAGCUGGCAGCGGAGGCCCUGACCGAGGAGAAGCAGCACCUCUCAGCCGGCCAGGCCUACUUCAUCUCAGAUGGCAGGCCGGUCAACAACUUCGAGUUCUUCAGACCCCUGGUAGAGGGCCUGGGCUAUCCUUUCCCUAAACUACGCCUUCCUGUCACCCUCAUUUACUUCUUUGCCUUCCUCACAGAGAUGGUUCACCACCUCAUCGGGCCCGUUUACAACUUCCAGCCGCUGCUGACUCGCACAGAGGUGUAUAAGACCGGCGUGACACAUUACUUCAGCAUGGCAAAAGCUAAGGCUGAACUCGGUUACCGGCCUGAGGAGCACAACCUGGAUGAGGUUGUCCAGUGGUUCAGAAGCAGAGGCCACGGCAAGAAAUGUCAGAGUGCCUUCAUCAGUAGAUUAUUGCUGAACUUCCUCGUUGUUUCUGCAUUUGCUGCUGUGGCAAUGUCUUUUUUGCCAGUGGUUGGCAGCUGAAUAGUAGCUGAAGCUAAAUUAUCAUUGAGCUAUAUCCAGAAAUGUCAAACAUACUGGAUGUCUCACCUGGAACUAUGACUUGGUGCUGUGCAACUGGUGCAUGCAUCUGACAACCGUUUACAGACAAAUGCCUUAACGGGGCAAUUUUUAAAAAAAAAUAUGUCCUUGUUCAAAACUAGUUUUGUAAAAACAAUUUUUUACAAAAAAUUAAUGUAAUUGGGGACCUUUUGUUGGCAAAACUCCAGGGUUUUGUCUUCAGAAACUACAGUAGCAUUUUAUCAUACUCACAUGAUUUUUUAUUUGUUUUACUUUGGGAUGGUGUCUCUGUGCUACAAUGACACUAAACUUUGUUCUGACCAGCCAACUUCCAGAAACGCGGUCUUGGGAAAGUCUAAAAACAUCUUAGCACGUUGUGUUGAGGGCUUGUAAUUUGACACCAGGCUCCCUCUGUUGUCAGCCUUUGAAUGAUACAAAUAAAGAAAUGAAUGAUGAGCUAAUUUGCUCUUGAUCAAAACUGAUCAAUAGGCCUGGAAUAAACUCAUAGUAUACCUCAGACGUGUUAUGACAGUCUUAACCCUUGCAAUUGUUUUGCAUGGAGUACAGUUACUGAUGAAAAUAAAGGAUGGCUUGAAAUUUUCACAGAUCAUUCUUUUUUUAUUUCUUGGUAUUUUUGAAAAGGUUGUAGAAAAAGAUGCAUUUAAAAACUGUUUCAGUGCUGUUUUUAUAUGACUGUAAUUCAAGAAAGGAAUAAAACCAGAUGAGUCAGAUUUGCAUUUUGGGUUCUGAUCAUUGAUUUUGCCAAAUCAAACAUACACUCCCUCGAUAUCAACAUAGAGUUUGUCUGCACACAAGAAUUUUG